AAAUAGAAAUUAAUAAAUUUUACUUAAAAAAAUAUUUUUUAAAUGGGUUAAAUUUAUUGACCCUUCUUUAAUUUAUUUAUUUUUGCGAUUAGAAAUCUUGUAAGAAAUCUUCGGGGCCUAUAUUUACCUAAGGCCAGCUCUGAUAAUCAUUUAUUUAAGCUCAUUUUAUUUACGAUAUAUCCCCCAUCAAGAUGAAAGGUAUAAUAAUAAAGAAGUAGACCCCCAGCUAAGAGAUCCAUGUUGAUUCCACAUGGCAACACACUGAUGGGCAUUCUGCUAAAAAAGAGUGAUACAAAUUUAAUACGGUGACACGGAUGUUAAACAGUUUAAGUGCAACGUAACUCUAGAUGAAUAAUUUUUAUGAUAAGAUUUUGUUUUAGUUACAUCAAUUAGAUAUUAAAUAAUUUGCAAGUUGAGAAUGUUGCAUGUAUAAAUUAAUUUUAUUCGAAAAUAUUUGAUUUUUGUUCAUCAAAUGUAACAGUAUGAUAGUUAACAACGACCAAGAAUCGCAUUGUUUUUGCAAUAUUUAGGAUAAUAUUUUAUCUUCAACAUCAAGUCUUACAUGAAAUACAUAUUUUACAUGGCAUCUAUGUAAUACUAGGAAUAUAUCUAAAGGAUGCUUCUUAAAAUAUUAAUUAUAAGCCAGAUGGGAAGGUUGUAAUUCAUAUUUGAACAAAUUAGAAUUAGCAAAGCAUGUACUGAAUCAUAUGAUUCCAGGACCACUAGGGUUGUUUUAUUGCAAAUGGAAAAAUUGUAAUAGAGGUGGUAGAGCUUUCAACGCUAAAUAUAAAAUGUUGAUACAUAUACGCACGCAUACAAACGACAAGCCAUAUCAAUGUUAUACUUGUGGUAAAAGUUUUACUAGAACAGAAAACCUUAAGAUACAUGCUCGGACUCAUACAGGAGAAAAACCGUAUGUUUGUUCGGUAAAUGGAUGCAACAAGGCGUACUCAAAUUCCAGUGACCGUUUCAAGCACACCCGAACACACUUCAUUGAAAAACCCUAUGCUUGUCGAGUAGACAACUGCAUGAAAAGAUACACAGAUCCGAGCUCUUUGAGGAAACAUGCUAAAAGUCAUAACCAACAAAUUAAAACAAUUCAAGAUGCAAAUCAAAACCGAUGUUCAUCACGAGAUCCUAUAAAAUUUGUUGAAUCUGAUGACGAACCGCUGGAUUUGUCGAAACGGUUGAAUAAAAAAUAGUAUAAACCAUCAUUACAACAUUUAAUUAAAUAAAUGCAUAUUAGUAGAGUUAUAUUAAACAUAGAGAGUCAAUUUUAUAAAUUUAA